AUGAAUCCGACCCUUAUAAUCAGCUAUUGUAAAGACGAAAUUGCUAAAAAUCUGAAAGAGAUCUUUCCCGAGUUUGGCAAUCUUGAUGAUGAAGAAGUCCUUCUGCAACAGGAAAGUGCAUACAUGUAUAUUCAAGCCAAUGGAAAGAACAAAAUUACAACCUCUGCUUAUGGUCAAACCAGUAACAGGAGUGAGUUUUCAACAGAAGCAGGGGAAUCAUCACAUGGCACAAGCAUUGAAUCACAGUUGGCCCUUGAUGAAUCCCUUGCUAAGUCCUUGGAGUUGGGAGAUGAUUUAGACAAUUUAUAUAUUUCUGAGCACAGUGGCACUGCAGUUGAUGAAAUUGCUAAAAAUCUGAAAGAGAUCUUUCCCGAGUUUGGCAAUCUUGAUGAUGAAGAAGUCCUUCUGCAACAGGAAAGUGCAUACAUGUAUAUUCAAGCCAAUGGAAAGAACAAAAUUACAACCUCUGCUUAUGGUCAAACCAGUAACAGGAGUGAGUUUUCACCAGAAGCAGGGGAAUCAUCACAUGGCACAAGCAUUGAAUCACAGUUGGCCCUUGAUGAAGCCCUUGCUAAGUCCUUGGAGUUGGGAGAUGAUUUUCACAAUUUAUAUAUUUCUGAGCACAGUGGCACUGCAGUUGAGAGCGGAGAAUCAACUCCUAGGGAAACACCUGUCAGGACUGUGAAUCAGAACAUCAGAGAUGAUGAAAUUGAUACGGAUAACAUGACCUAUGAGCAACUGCAAUUACUAGGGGAAGCUGUUGGACAUGAGAGCAAAGGACUUUCAGAAGAUCUCAUCUCACGAUUGCCAAGUUUCAAAUACAAAACUGGGUUGUUUUCAAAGAGAAGUAAAAAGGAAGUGUGUGUGAUAUGUCAUGCUGAAUAUAGAAACGGGACUCGACUGACAACUUUACCUUGUACACACAUAUAUCAUUCAGAAUGUAUUCUUCGAUGGUUGAAACUCAAUAAGAAUUGCCCCGUGUGUCGAGGAAGUACGGGAUGA